CGGUGACGCCUCUGAGCCACUGUACUUUCCACUCGUUACAGAAGGAGUAGCGCUGCAACCACCACCUGAGGAUUGUCCGGGGGCGAGUUGAAUAAAGGCCAAUCUGAUCCAUGUCACCCUGUCUCUUCCUCUCCCACCCAAGUCUAAAGCGUUCAUUGUUUCCGCUCUUCACGAUUUCUUGCUCUGUUUUUAUAUUUUAUUCGUCUUCCUCUUUCUCUUCAUCGUCUUCCGUCUUAUUUUCCCUCCUACUUGAUGAUUAGUUUCUCCGACUCAGUCCACCCCCAACUAACUUUGACUCUGGCGCUUCACGAUUGCAGCGGUGCCACUACGCUACUUGACUAGUCUCUCCGCACCUUGACGCUUGACUACGACACUGCCCAUUCAUUCCGACAAAAGUCUGUUUGCGAGCACCUGCUCACUUCAUCCCCUGCUUCCUCCAUCACCAUUCCACGAACCCGUUGCGAAUCGAACGACGAGCCGUAUUAUUACACUCGGGUCACAGUCUCUGCUGUCGCUCUCUCUACACGCACACGCCACCGCUGCUGUCGGGCGUUGGCUUUGCUCACAUCGAGCUUGUACGCUCUUCCAACACCCAGCCAGAGCACAGCGACGUACGGAUGCUUUCUGUGCAAGAAGCAAUGUCGGACUCGCAGUUCCCAGGGCCCAAUCGCGUGGCUAUUCCUCGACCCCAGGUUGUUGGAAUCGAGCGAUUGCCUGCCCGCAACCAGAACAAUGAGCCCCGUGAGUCCAUGAACUGCAAGUCGUGCCGAAAGAGAAAGAUCAAAUGCAACCGCAUGCGACCGUCAUGCGAAGCUUGCCAGCUCUUCCAAUGCCCUUGCAUUUACGACGCAGUACCGAAGAAGCGCGGUCCUAAGACGGACGUGCUUGAGGCGCUGCUGAAGCGAGUCGAUGGCCUCGAAGCCAAGUUGAAGGAGAAGAAUGCCGACGAAGCUGGCAGUUCAUCAGAAGGUGCUGCUGGCGGCGACCUACCAUCCUACAAGGUUGAAGAACCCGACGCCAAUGAACCACAGGAGCCUCCAGCCAAGCGCCAUGCUGGCGAGAUCAACAAGUCCCCAGAACAAAACCUACCUAUAAUUGCCCCGAAAACAUCAACAAUGGAACCUCCCGUCAUCACUAUUGGUAUGGACGCCUUGGUAAACACCUACUUUAGUCGUUUCCAUGGAAAGCCUUACCAGAUUCUUGACGAGUCCUCCGUAAGACAACGACUGCAGCUGAACCAGCUUCCGGAUGUGCUUUGCGACGCUAUCGGUGCCAUCGCUGCGCGCUUCACUCCACACCCACAUGGACACAUGGCUGCGGUGAAACUAAGUGAGCAAUACGCGUUCAAGUCACGCAACGCCGUCACCAUCGACGAGCCUUCAGUGGAUAGCUUGCAAGCACUACUACUUCUUGUGAUAGCCUUUACUGCCGCCGGAAAGGGCAAGAAAGCGUUCAUGGCGAUGUCCAACGCUGUUGGUAUGGCUAUGGCACUAGAGCUACACCGCGAAGCUGAUUUACAAGCCCAAAUUACACCGGUCGAGCGCGAGAACCGACGAAAUCUGUUUUGGUCCGCCUAUCUUCUUGACCGGUAUCUCGCCUGUGGAUCAAAGCGACCCUCACUCAUUAGCGAUGAAUCGAUUGUCCUUCGACUACCAUCUUGGUCUGCAAAGCCAUCCUCGAUGCCAGUUGAUGGCGAAUUCUUUCACUGCGGUUCCAAUCUCCAGUAUCUUCAAGGGAAUGGAAAGAAGAGCCAGGGAAGCACUGGUUUGCUUAUUGACAUUACCAGGGUGCUCGGUAUCACCAAUCGCUACCUCGCUGCUGGUGGAGUGAAGGGCGAUUCCCACUUCCCGUGGCAUUCGCUCUCCAAUCUAUCAAAGAUCCGCCAAGAUCUGGAUGUUUGGGCGACUAGCACCAAUAACAUCUUCUCGACUACCGCAACCCUCUUCGGACAAUCGGAUUCGACAGUCUUGGUGCUCAGCAAGCUUAUUUACCAUCUCAUCCACUGCCUCAUCUACCGACCCUUCCUCCCAAUCGACCUCUCCGAGCUCGCGGGCAAUGGGCAACAUCAAUCAUGGCAAAUUGAAGCUACCAAUAUGUGCUUCCUUCAUGCCAAUGCCAUUGCGGAACUUGUAGAUUUGGGAUUUCAAAUGGGCAAAACCGAAUGGCCAGCGUUUAUCGGUUAUUGUAUUAGUACUGCUGGCACAGUCCAUGUACAUGGCGCACACUACAAUUCUGGACAGGGUGGCGAAUUAAACGUUUUUACGCCUUCUGCCGACUACCUUGCUCGCGAGUUGCAGCACCUGAACGAGUUGAGAUAUAGAUGGUCAAGCAUUGAAUACCAAAGGGUGAUGCUACAGAAUAUUCGCAAUGCGCAUGCUGAUCUUCUCAAAGGUCUAGCAAACAAUGAGAUCCGGUACACACCUGGCUUUCAGCUAGAAGACUUUUUCGACAGAUAUGCCAACGUUGGUGGUGCCGGGGGCUCAGCCCUUCGCUUCGAAUCCGCUAGUCUUACACUUUCUGACAUCCCAACGGAAUAUAUGGCUGAUGUUCAAGCUGCCCAGGCGCUGCAGCCGCCGCAACGUAGCGACAAGCCACAGCAAGGUAUCAAGCGAAAGAACACCGCUCCCUCGGGCCGCAGCCGUCCCGAUAUGCAAGCCAUGAUGGCGAACGGACCGAUUACUCCUGCGUCAACAUACCACAAUCGAUCUGUAUCAAUGCAUGCCGGCCCAACUCCCGAGAGCUCUACGUCUUCAGCACCUAUUCCCUCUGUUGAAACUGGAGACCGACACAUUAGCGCAAUUCGAAGCACCGUCGAACAAGGACCCCCACCUACAUCGUCGAGCAGCGCUACCGGCAUGGGCGGUUUUGCCUAUUCCCCCGCAUCGAUGUCCGCGUCCGGCCUUACGCCACUAGGCAACGUUCCAUUCAGCCCGUCAUUUACGUAUGCCCUUAAUUCUGGUUUGCCAAACGAAACAAGCAAUUUCGAUCCUAUGUUUAGCAGCCUCCCCACAAACGCCUACAGCAGUCCUGCGGCCUGGCAAACUCAGAAUGACCAGCAUCACACUACAGCCAGCCAAACUGGGUCUGGGUCGGUGCAUAGCCCUAGCAAUAAGAGCAAUAGCGGAAGCACUGGAACACAGAGCGAGGAAAAGGACCCCUUCCUCACGCUAUUAGAACAGCUUGCAGAAAAUGAGCAGAGAUUCAGCAAUGGAUCUGGGAGUGAACUGGAUUUCUUCCUCGCCGGAGCGGGGACGGUGCCGCAGGCCCAUUAAUGGCCGCCACCGCUUGUAUAUAUCAGAUGGAGGAUUAUCAAGGAGCCUGAAUUUAGCAGGAAUCUAUUAACGAUGUACAUUACGACUAGGGGGCCCGGCGCUUUGGGUGAAAGGAGUACGUCUGGGGAGAGCCCGCAAUCACGUUUGCCACUGCAUACUCAUUGAUACCAAUUUUAAUACAUGUCUUUUUUUU